CGCAUCAUUUUGUUGUUCUGCCAGUAGUGACCAUCCAUGGUCACGAACAGUCGUAUAGUUCCCUAGCUUUUUUUAAUUCAAAACCAAUAAUAAAUCACAAGAUACUCGUGUGAUGUAAGAUAUUAUUUGAAACGGAAAUAUUAAUCGUCGGAAAUACCGGCAAGAUGUUGAUUCAGGUUUUACCAACGAUUUUCCUUAUUCUUAUAAUUAACGGAGUUACAAGUCUGAGAGAGGGUGACUCCUGUUAUGAUGAUAACAGUAACUUCUGGGGCCGCUGCAAGCAUUCUUAUGAUUGUCCCUCGGCUGAUAGCAAUUUCGCUAAUAAAGGAGUCCGUCCAGUAUUCUGUGAGUAUUCCGUAAGAAGAGUGUUAGUAUGUUGUGCAGAAGAGAAACAGCAAAGUUCUGUUAUCCUGACAUCAGGGAGGAAGAGAAUCAGCGAAAAGAAAUGCGAUGAAUACAGCGAGGAAGUAACGCAGAAAGUUGAGGUUAUCUUUCUACUGCCAGAACCUGAAACUAUGUCGAUAUCGGAUGUUAACUGCAACUAUACUGGAGUUGAACUAAUUGUGGGCGGAGAAAACACACUGCAAGGGGAAUUCCCGCAUAUGGCGGCUGUAGGCUGGGAGUUCGGAGGCAGUACUUCAUUCAGUUGUGGAGGCAGCCUCAUCAGUAGGAAGUUUGUGAUGACAGCGGGACAUUGCAUCAAACGACCCAGGUUCGGGGAACCGACAAUCGUAAGACUUGGGGAACAGAAUUUAGAUCCUAAAGUCAAAGAUGGCGCUAAUCCUGUUGACGUUCGUAUAAAACAAAUACACAAACAUCCCGACUACAAACCACCUCAAAGAUAUAACGACAUCGCGCUGCUAGAAUUAGAAGAAGCUGUUAAAUUCAACAACAAUGUGCGGCCAGCCUGUCUCUGGCCUAAACCUGACUUUGGCUCAUACCAGAAAGGGAUAGCAACAGGUUGGGGAGUUAUUGAUCCAGACACACAACAGACAUCGAACGAGUUACAGAAAGUGUCCCUUUCUCUGUUAACUAAUAGAUAUUGCAAACCGCUGUUAAAACCGAAUCGUUACUGGGAUGGGUUUGUAGACUCGCAAAUGUGCGCCGGAGAAAUGAGAGGAGGGAAGGAUACUUGUCAGGGUGAUUCUGGUUCUCCCUUACAAGUGGUAUCCAGCGACAAUCAGUGCAUUUACUAUGUGGUUGGUGUGACGUCAUUUGGAGGUAAAUGCGCUAAAAGUGGACAACCAGCUGUUUACACUCGUGUUUCAAGUUAUUUAGAUUGGAUAGAGAGUAUCGUGUGGCCUGGAGAGUGAUUUUUUUUGUUAAUAAAUAACUUGUUUUGAA